ACAGCGGUAGUUUGUUGUUAAAGGAAGUGGCCCAAACAAGUUGUGUACAUACGAUUGGCAACGUUGGACACCAUGAAAUACAGAUAAGGUGUUAGUUGUAUUUACCAUUGCCCAGACGCGAGAAAGAAAACAUAGAACGGUGUCCGGACGGUGUUUACUGUGCGUUGUUUAGAUUUAAAAGCAGAGGUUGACAAGCCUGUAGUCAUGAACCAGAAUUUCGACCGAGCCCCUGGUGGCACAUUCGGCGGUCAAGGCGACGCUAUAACGACGCUGUUCAACCAAAGAGAGCCGCUCAGACAACCAAGGACCUCACCGCCGUUACCAGAUAACAGCUACCUGCCCAACGAGGCGGGUGUCAGAGGAGAUUCUAAGAGACAACAACAAAAUUCAAGUGCCAACAGUUUUCCUUCUUCUCAAGAACGUAGUGACAUGGACUCCCUGGUCAAAUCAUCGAACCUCUCUGCUGCAGCUCCAGAGUUUUUUCCCCCUGGAUUUAACCAAUCUGAGGAGCCAGCUGCGUAUGAUGAGAGUGAAGAAUAUGAGGGUGAACUCAACCUGGCCAGCAUGGUGACAGAUUUCCUCAACCACCUGAGCUCCUCCCCGGGGUCGUUUGAGUCCGAUAUUGAAUACAUGACGAGUGUGCUCAACUCCUACGUCACUACCGAGGAGUUACUGCAGAGUUUGGUGGAACUGAUCUACGAACAGUCCACCACCGUUCAAAACUUUGCCUACACGGGCGCCAGACUCUGCAACCAUCUGUCCAAACAUCUCACCGCAAACUUCAGGCAGCUGCUUCUGAUAAGGUGUCAAAAGGAAUACGAACAGAGGGAUGCUGCUGUUCGAGGAGAUGCAGCGACUCAGAAGAAGUUCCACUCCUAUGUGCUCUUUCUGGGAGAGCUGUACCUGCAUUUAGAGAUCAAGGGUCCUAAAGGUCCUCCAACAAGGGCUAAGAUUCUCCUCGAUGCCCUCAAGGAUCUGAUGAACAGUCUCUUCUCCAAUCCUGUGGAUUCAAACCUCAUCUGUGCCGUCAAACUCCUGAAGCUCACGGGAUCGGUCCUGGACGACACUUGGAAACAAAGUGGACAGUCACACAUGGAGAAGCUGAUCCAGAGAAUAGAGACAAUAGUCCUGGAUGCCACCUGCAGCAGGGAUGUCAGACAGAUGCUGCUAAAACUGGUUGAGCUGAGAUCCAGCGACUGGGGAAGAGUUUGUGCCGGUUCAUCUGCGAGCAACGCCACACCAGACAACGACCCCAACUACUUCAUGAACGAACCAACGUUCUACACAGAGGAUGGCACACCUUUCACUGCAGCAGAUCCAGAAUAUGCAGAGAAAUACCAAGCUAUCCUGGAACAACAGGAUUAUUUUGAUGACUUUGACGGUGAAAAUGGAAAUGACCGUGACGAGUAUGACUUUGACGACGAGAUGGAGCCCGAGAUCGAAGAAGCCUUCGAACGCUUUUGCUUAGAGUCGGAGGGAAAACGAAAACAUUGACACCAGAGUGAAACCAAUGCUGUGACGGUUCCGCUCGACCUGCCGCAAUAUUCAGUCGCUCAACCUUCUACUACCGUAAACAUUUUAACAAAAAACAAGCUAUUCAUAAUUACACUGACCUUCUGUUUGUUUUUCAGCCAGUGUUUCAAAUGGGUGGACAAUCACAAACCUGCUUGAAACAUGUUUGAGAAGGCUUUUUGCGAUAUAGAAGUGUUCUCCUUUUUACAUUGUUUUAUGUUUGGGGUUUGUUAUCUUUAAGCUUCUACUAAUUUCAAAUGGAGGAGUUGGUUUCUUUAAUUGGAGUGAUAACAAACGCCUACUGAGUCCAAAUUUUUUUUUUUUUUUUACAAACUCUAAAUUAGGCAUUUAAUUCUAGUUUGACAGAAAUAUACAACAGCUAAAAGUACCAACCUUAAUCCUAAACUUAACCCUAAUGAUCAGGGGUCUUCACAAACUUGCAUUUGAGUUCAGUUUGUUUGACAACAGUAGCUUCAAACCUCUGCCUGUACCUGUCCUUCAGCAGCCAGUGUGAGAAAAAUUAAGUUGACUAAAAACUGUAACCCAUUUAAGGAAUGAGACUUUAGUUUGUAAAUAUUAUUUAUAGAAUUUUUUUUGUUUUGUUUUGUUUGCCUGCAAUAAAUUCUUUAUUUCUUGUA